AUGCACCCCAAAGCAUCGCGCAAAGGGAAAGGAAAGAAAUCUGAAGCAACAAAUGAAGGAGGAGGAUCAAGCUUUCACCUUGACACCAGACCAGUGGAGGUGGUCGCUCCCAAGCACGAUGCUGGGAAGGAAAUCAAACGUCUGGAUACUGAGGUGAUAAAGAGCAAGGUUGGUGUCGCAUGUAUCAAUAUGUUGGAGAUGGGAGAGCGUCUAAAGUUCGGGGUCUACAACGACCGGCCUGAAAACGACACUGAAACGCACAAGUUAAUACUACCAUUCAAGUGCCAUGGGAUCGUGUCCAUGAGAGAGAUGAACACUAUUCCACUCAUCAUUGAGAUCGACCAUGUUAAAAAUGCGGAAACACUUCCCUUUGAUUUUAGCAGCCCACAGAAUGUACCAGAGUUGGAGCUUGUCGACAUGAACCCUAUCAUAGUGGCCUCGGGACAGCAUUGA